UGACGGGAGCCGGCGUAGGGGUAUAAAAGGGCAGGCGCAAGGCAUUCUCUCCCCUGACGCGGUGGAGGAAGGAGCUCUGGAAGGUGGAUUUGAUUGACAGCUUUCUAGAAAAAUGCCAGCUAUCAAGAGUUUGAGCCGGGCUGUCAGGCAGGUGUUGCAGAAACCUGGUUGUGGUUGUCAGGUUGCUGUUGUGCCGGUUAGGUGUGUUGGUUUCUCACCCCGGCAGGUAAACUCGGACGCCAGCUUCCAUUCAGUAUCCUUUUCUGAAACAGAACAUCCACGGGUGCUGAUUACAGGGGGACUAGGCCAGCUUGGAGUAGGACUUGCUAAGCUCUUGAGGAAACGCUUUGGAAAGAACAAUGUGAUCCUGUCUGAUAUCAGAAAGCCCCCUGAUAAUGUCUUCUAUAGUGGCCCUUUCAUCUACUCAGACAUUCUGGACUACAAGAAUCUUCGUGAGAUAGUAGUGAACAACCGGAUUACAUGGCUGUUUCACUAUAGUGCGCUGCUCAGCGCAGUUGGUGAAGCCAAUGUUCCUUUGGCAAGAUCUGUAAAUAUCACUGGAUUGCAUAACAUUCUUGAUAUUGCUGCUGAGCACAGCUUGCGGCUCUUUGUCCCCAGCACAAUUGGAGCUUUUGGACCCACCUCUCCUCGGGACCCAACUCCUGACCUCUGCAUCCAAAGGCCAAGGACAAUCUAUGGUGUUUCCAAGGUCCAUGCUGAGCUCAUGGGAGAAUAUUACCAUUACAGAUACGGCCUAGAUUUCCGGUGCUUGAGGUACCCAGGCAUUAUUUCAGCCGAUACUCAGCCUGGUGGGGGAACAACUGACUAUGCAGUCCAGAUCUUUCACGAUGCCAUAAAGACUGGCAAGUUCAAGUGCAACCUUAAACCAGACACCCGUCUGCCCAUGAUGUACAUUGAUGACUGCCUGAGGGCUACACUGGAGAUCAUGGAAGCCCCCGCUGAGCAGCUGAGCAUGAGAACUUACAACAUCAGUGCCAUGAGUUUUACUCCUGAGGAGUUGACUCAAGAAGUCCAGAAGCAUAUUCCAGAGCUUCAAGUUACCUAUAAUGUGGAUGCAGUAAGACAGGCCAUUGCUGACAGUUGGCCGAUGAUUUUUGAUGACAGCAACGCUCGCCAGGAUUGGGGAUGGAAGCAUGACUAUGACCUGCCGGAACUGGUGAACACCAUGUUCAAUUUCCUUGGCUCUGUGAACUCUGUUCCUAGACUUGCCCAGCUCAACUGACCGCUCCCUUCGAGUGAUUCGAUGACAGGACUUGGGCAUAAUAAUGGAGAAUCCCUCGUCAGCUCCUGAAACCUGAAGUAGUACACCUUUGGGAUGCAAUCUACAAGUAUUUUGGGGCAGCUUAUUGGACCUUCAGUUCACUUUUCUUCCUUUCUGUCAAAUUAGGUGAAUGCAAUCACACAUGUACAAAUGUCAGUGCUGACAAAGUCUUUAAUAUGAGUCUUUUGGGAAAAGCUAUUCUUUCACAAGCUGCAACUUGUUUUCUUCAAAGGCCAGUUGCUCAUAUGGGGUGUGGUUACCUCUUAUGCGUUGGGCUCCCAUGUCAGAGGGCUUUAGUUGCUUGCUGCAUGAUAAUAAACGCGGAUCUAGUUGUCAUUCAAACUCUGAACUGGUUGGGUGAAUGAAAGAUAAAGGGAGCCAUGAAAG